UCGGUGCUUAGGCUGUCAAAAUAACCAAUUUUUUGUUGUGAUGACUUAGGUGUAUUUGAAAUACUACUCAUACUACUACCGUUCAAGACGCCGAGAGAAUGAACCGAAGGGGGACACGCUGCCCCGCCGCUAAGCACGCAUGGAUGAGGCCCCUCGUCGGACAACCGCAAUGAAGUCAUGUAUAAUUGCCUGUUUAUCUUUCGGUUCUCCAUCAACCUCCUGCUGCUUUCCUUGGCCACGGUUAUUCUCGUCCUCCGCAUAGUGAUCUGAUGAUAGAAUGGGCGCAGAGAAUGUCCAUCGCGCCGAUAAAUUCUUGUUUUAUAUUAUCUUUUUUAAAUAAAAACCCGCACGAAUAAAUGUAUGUUGAGCUGUGGAAAUCGCACAGGAAGCGGAGGUACUGUGACGGGAUUAUCACUUGACAACGCAUCAGAGCUCACAUUGACAUGGCGCCAUGCACAGUACUAAAAGUACAGUACUUAGAGCCAUUGUUCGGGUCUGAGUAGCUGGAAGGCAAAGGAACAACGGCAGGGUGCAGUACAAUGGAGCGAGUGUCCUGUAUGCAGGAUCUGGUCAGCUGCCCUUAUUCUUGGAUGGCAGCACCUCACAACAAUCUCGUUAAGCGUAAAGGCCAAAUUAUAGUAAAACUAACAGAAGGCAAAAGGUAAUCACAUAAAAAGCUUGUUAGAUAACAACGUGAGAGGCGGCGAAAAAGGAAGCGGACAUCCUGCUCCUCGGCUCAUCCCAAAAAAGCAACAUGUCGAGCGUGUGAAUGUGCCUGGAUGUGUGGAAAAUGAUAUGGGGAGGAGGCGUACAUGAGUCUGGGUUUGCGGUGCCAUCUUCCAGUUUCCAGCUCCCAGAUUCUGAGCUAAGCUUUGUCAAGCGACGGGGUGUCAUGUUGAUGUGUGUGUCACUGGCAGCUGGUGCUUACAUGGCCCAGCUCCAGAUUCCCUCGCAUUUCUCGGUUAAUACACCAAAAGAACCAGUUCAAAGACACCAAAAAUA